AUGGUGGCUGCACCUAGAAAGCUUUUUGGCUACUCCUCUGAUGCAAAGAAAGCUGCACUGCGAAACCUUGAAGAUGUCUUGUUAGAGCCUCCAAGAGCCUCAUCGGGAAAAUCAAGACAAUAUUUGAGACGCGUUAAAUAUCUUCCGGAUUUGAUGGGUGAUUCCUUGGAGAGUUACCCUCGUAGAGUUUUCAUUGAUGUGGGAUUGGCGGAGAAAGAAGGAGAAAGAAAAAGUGAUUGGUUCCAUAAAAAUUAUCCAACAAGGAACAAAAACUUCGAAAUGUACAAAAUAAAUAUCGACAUGAUUACGGCGGAAGAGGCGUCGACGAAAGAAAUGUCACAAAUAGGGAUGUCAGAUUGGCUGCGAAAGAAUGUGAAAGAUGAGGAAUUCGUGGUGAUGAAAGCGGAGACAGAGGUGGUGGAAGAGAUGAUAAAAAGAGACACUAUUGGACUGGUGGAUGAACUUUUCUUGGAGUGCAAGCCACGUCAAAAACAAGAGAACAAUAGAAACCGUAGGGCUUAUUGGGAGUGCUUGGCACUGUAUGGAAUGUUGAGGGAUAAAGGUGUAGCCGUACAUCAAUGGUGGGGUUAA